AUGAGUUCGAACACAAAUCAAUUUAAAGAGGAAUUUAAGUUCAAGAGAUUUUUUUAGCAUCUAAGUAGAUCUGAUAAGAUACUUAUAUCAAUUGGAAGUGUUGCUGCCUUGGUAACAGGAGCGUUAGUUCCAAUAAUUUCAAUUUUAAUGGGUGAGUUGGCUGAUGUUUUUGACCCUUUUAAGAGCGUCUAAGACAAAAAGAGACUUGUCAAGGAAAUAUCUGGUUACAUUGCUUUAAUAGCAUUCGUGAUAUGGCUCACAGGAUAUAUCUACUAUUCAUUUUGGUAGCAUAUUGGUGAAAACAUUGCUUUCGACCUAAGAGUGAGAUAUCUUAAUUAAAUUCUAAAGUAGGAAGUUGACUAUUUUGAAAAAUUAGAUAUUGAACAGCUUCCUUCUUAGAUUGGUGAAAAUUUCUUGGUAGUCUAAUAAUCGAUCGGCCAAAAGUUCGCUUCUAUACUGUUCGCCAUUUCAAACUUGCUUUCUGCUAUUGGUGUAGCAUUUUAUAGGGGUCCAGAUCUAGCAGCUAUCUAUUUUUCAAUGUUUCCCUUGGUGUUUCUACUUGUAAAAGUGUUGGGCUCUCAAGUAAAGAAAGUGACAUUGUAAAAAACUGAAAUUUCUAAGAAAUUAAGAGGUAAAAUUGAGGAGAGCCUCAUAGGAAUAAAAGUCAUCUCUACUUUCGCUUAAGAAGAUAGAGAGAUAAUGGAAUUUGAAGAAUUGGCUGAGGAGAAUCGAAAGUUAUGCGUUAAAUCUGAAUAUUGGACUGCUAGUUUCGUUGCAGCUCUGAAAUUCGCCAUAUUUGCACUCUACGCUUUUAAUUAUUGGAUUGCUUUUGUAUUUAUUGAAAAUAAAAGGAAAAACCCUAAAACUGGAAAAUUAUUUACUGCUGGUGAGAUGAUUUCUAUUAUGCUUGCCAUCUUGAAUUGUACAGCUAUAACCUUUCAGCUCAUUCCUAAUUUUCAGGCUCUUGUCAAAGCUAAAUUAGUAGGGAAAGAAAUUUUUGAUGUCAUUGAUAGAGUGUCGGCAAUUGUAGAUCAUGAUUAAAGCUUAAGUGAUUUUAAUCUUAAAUCCGCUAUAAAAUUCUAAAAUAUUACCUUCAAAUACCAUAAGGCUUAAUAGGAGACCUUUAAAAAUACAAGCUUUUAAAUUAAAGCUGAGACCUCUACUGCUAUUGUUGGAGAAUCAGGAUCAGGGAAAUCCACCAUUAUUUAAUUAAUUGAGAGAUUUUAUGACCCCCUUGCUGGUGAUAUAUAUUUUGAUGAAACCAAUUUAAAGAAUAUUUCUUUAAAGGCCUUAAGGGAAUCUAUUGGAUAUGUUCAAUAGGAACCAGUUUUGAUUAUUGGAAGUAUUCGUGACAACAUCUUGCUUGGAAAUAAAGAUGCAAGUGAUGAUGAAAUAGAUAGGGUGAUAAAAAUGGCCAAUGCUAGUUUUAUUUACAACUUGGAGAAUUAGCUUGACACUCAUAUUGGCUCAUCUACUCUACUCAAUCUCUCUGGAGGAUAGAAGCAAAGAAUCGCCAUCGCUAGAGCUCUGAUUAAAAAUCCUAAGAUUCUCAUUUUAGAUGAAGCAACUAGUGCCUUGGACUCUAAAAGUGAAAGAGAGGUCUAAGAGGCUUUAAAUAAUAUUCAAAACUCAGAGAAAAAACUGACAACUAUAAUGAUAGCUCAUAGAUUAUAAACAAUUUAAACUGCAGAAAAUUUAAUCUAUUUCAACAAAAACAAGAGCAAUAUUCUUACUGGAUCAAUAGGCACAAAAGACUAUGAGUAGAUAUUAAACUUAUUAAGCUAAAGUGAAGGCAGCAAAGGAUUAGAAGAUGUAGAAAUAUCUGGCAAGUAUGACUCAAUUGAAAGGCAAUCUUGGGAAGAUUUAAGUAGUUCAAAGUUGCUUAAGUUAGCUACAGAUAGAGAUCUUGAAGAGGAUUUUAAUUCAUCUCAAGCUGAAAUAAUCUUCAAUCCUAAUGCAGAAUUUAAGAGCUCUAAAAAGGGACCAGAAAUGAUGAAGUAAGUAUUAGAUCAUUAUGGACCAAGAAGACUAAUAAUCUUUUCGCUCAUUUCAAGUAUGAUAAAUGCAUUUGCUUUUCCAUUGAACGGAUUAAUUUUUGUUAAGAAUCUAUUUGUUCUGCUUAAUCCUCAUUCAAAAACGUUUUAUGAGGAUAGAAACUUUUGGUGUAGUGCUUAUCUUGGAUUAGCAGUUGGAAUAGGUCUAUUUGAUUUCUUAAGCAAAGGAACUUAAAAGGCUCUAAGUGAGAACCUAACUUAUGCUGUUAGAACCAAGCUCUAUUCAGCCAUUGUCAGAAAAGAAUUAAGUUGGUUUGAUAAUAAGGAGAGAGCUCCUGGAAUCUUAAUAAACUAUUUAUCAGAAGAAGUGACUGCUCUUAAUGGAUUAACAACUGAAACAUUUUCCAAUAUUCUGGAGGCUGUGUGUUGUCUUGUAAUUGGAUCUGCUAUUGCUUUCUUUUAUACUUGGAAGAUAGCUUUAAUCUCCCUAGCUACAUCACCAUUGGUAAUGUUAGGCGGAGUUGCUUUAUAAUUAUCCAUCUGGGAUAGAGCUAAGAAUUCAAACAAUCAUAGCAUGAAAGACGAAAAGGGAAUGGAUCCCUAUGAUAAGGCUAAUGCCUUACUUUCUGAAGUUAUCUUGAAUUACAAAACAGUCAUUAGUUUUGGACCAAAGAACAUAACAUAUUUAAUGUAGAAAUAUCACAAGUUACUUGAAGAGCCUAUUAUGAUUAACAAAAAAGUAGCCCAUUUCUCUGGUAUUAUGAGCGGAUAUUCAUAAUGUGUGAGAUUUAUGUUCUUAGCUUUAAUGUUUUAUGUUGGAAAUUUCUUUAUCUAUGAUCAAAAUGAUGAUCCUGAAGGUACUUUUAUUGGGAUUUACACCUUACUUAUGUCAGCCUUAUCAGCUGGAGGUGCACUUUCACAAAUACCUUCAAUAAGCAAAGCUAAAUCAGCUGCCACCAAGAUAUUUACAAUCAUUAAUGAAGAGAAAUCUUUGCCAUCUUUGGACUUUGAUAAGUAAACAUAAAUCACUCAAGGUUCCAUUGAAUUCAACAAUGUAGAAUUUAAAUACCCCUCAAGAAAUCAAAAGAUUCUUAGAAGGAUUAGUUUUAAGAUACCUGCAGGGUAAAAAGUAGCUAUUGUUGGACAUUCAGGAAGUGGUAAAAGUACAAUAACUAAUUUGCUUUUAAGAAUGUAUGACUAUUAGAAUGGGCAAAUAUUGAUUGAUGGCGAAGAUAUUCGAACAUUCAAUCAGAAAGCACUAAGAAGAUAGAUUGGCUAUGUUAUGCAAGAACCUAUGCUAUUCAAUAUGAGUAUUAAGGACAACAUCAUCUAUGGGAAUCAGUAGGCAUCAGAUGAUAAGAUUAGAGAAGUUGCUAUUAUGGCCAAUGCCCUCUAAUUCAUUGAGGCUAACGAUAACUAAUCUGCGGUAUCUAUGCCUAUUUAGACUUAGCUAACUAAAGAAGAAUCGAUAAGGUUCAAUAAGACUUUUGUGAAUCAAUAAUUCACGCAAAGGGAUUUUUAACUGUAAAGAGUACUUGGAAGUAUUGAAUAAGCUAGUUUAGCUACUGAUGAAUCUACUCUUGCUAAUUAAGUUCUUUCAAAAGCAGAUGAUUAAUUAUUAGACAAGAUUAGCCAAGAUACUGCUAAAUUGAUUGAAUGUGUCAAGUUCUGCAAUAAUUGGCACGCCCAUAAUAGUUGGAUUGAUGUUAUUAGAAAAUUUGAAUGGACUCUUGAAUCUGAAAAGAUUGUAAGCUACCUUAAUGAAAAGGAAGAUAUUGGUUAAGCAGACAAAGAUGAAGUGAUCUUAGCCCUUGGAUUAGAAAAUCAAGCCAAUAAAUUCGAUCUUUAAAAAGUUAAGGAAUUUCUAUAAAGAAGUGGAAGGAAAAAUCAAACUUUCUUAGAUUACUUAAAAUGCAAAAUUGAACCGAAAUAAUAAAUGACAGAGACUAUUGCCUGCUUAGCUCCUAUUGAUCUUGAAAGUUAGCCAAAGAAUAAAAUUCACCCUGAAAUAAACUAAAGCACAUAUCUUCACCCUGGUUUUAAUAAAAUUUGUGGACUUAAGGGCUCAAUGCUAUCAGGAGGCUAAAAGUAGAGGAUAGCUAUUGCUCGAGCUUUGAUUAAAGACCCUAAAGUACUUAUACUUGAUGAGGCAACUUCAGCACUAGAUGAAUAAUCAUAGGAAUAAGUUUAAAUAGCUCUUGAUAAGGCCAUGGAAGGAAGGACUAGUAUUGUGAUUGCUCAUAGAUUGAGUACAAUAAGGAAUUGCGAUUGGAUAUUAUUUUUAGACAAAGGGAGAGUUGUGGAAUAAGGCACAUACUUGCAAUUAUCUUAGAAUAAAGAUUCACACUUUCAUAAGCUUAAAUCUGGAAUGCAAAACUGA